AAGUUCGGUCCGGUUGCGGUGCCGGUUCGGGGGAUCCGGUUGUGGUGCCGCUUCGGAAGAGCCGCGAAGCGAGAAAGCGGAGUCACUCCUGGUCCUCGUCGGUGCUGCUGCUGCUGCUGCUGCGAGUCCCCCCUUGCGCUCCGGUUCCGACCCGGUUUCGGAUGGCGGCUCCUUGCAGCCCGGAGAGCGGCCCGCCGGCGGCUGCGGGCCCCGGACCCCGGGUCUAUUUCCAAAGCCCCCCGGCGGGAGAAGCCGCCCCGGAGGAAGAAGAAGGCCCCGUCCGGCGCCAGGGGAGAGUCACGGUGAAAUACGAUCGCAAAGAACUCCGUAAGAGGCUCCACUUGGAAGAAUGGAUCCUGGAACAACUGACGGCCCUGUACGAUUGCCAGGAAGAAGAGAUACCUGAACUAGAAAUAGAUGUUGAUGAACUCCUGGAUAUGGAGAGCGAUGAGUCCCGAAGCGCCAGGGUGAAGGAACUCCUGGUCGAUUGCUACAAGCCCACAGAGGUUUUCGUAGCAGACUUGUUAGACAAAAUCCGUGGAAUGCAGAAACUAAGCACUCCCCAGAAGAAGUGAAUGGCUGACCGGCGACGUGUCCCAUCGCUGCCCUCUCGUCCUCUUCGGGGAAGUUUGUCAUUGAGACGCUGGCCGCUCUGGGUUCGAGGGGAAAGGGCGCUUUCACAGGUCUGGCGGAGAAUCAGCUACGCACCCCCCCCCCACCGCCCCCUUCUACAAGAGAGGGAAGACUCCCCCCUCCCUUUUCGGGGAUGCUUUGAUAAUCAAACCUAUCCGGACAUCUUUUUAGCAAUAUCAGCCUGUUCCUCCUUUCUUGUUCCCAGCGCCACAAGCAGAAAGGGUAGAAGAGGAACCCUCGUUCUCCAAGGGGAGAGAGGGCAGGGGAGCAAAUAGCAGGGUCUUGGCGUUUUCUUUUCUUUUCUCUCUCUCUCUCUCUUUUUUUAGAACACUUGGGGGGUUUUUGGUUUAUUUUUAAUUAUUGUGUUUUUAUAUAAAUUUAAUAAAGACGCUUUGAGAA